AUGUCCAUCUGCUUCUUCGCCUUCAACAGAGCCUGCGCUGGGUUCCUUCACUUCUUGGGCUUCAAGGAGAAGAGGAACCGAAACUAUCUCGGGUCAUGCAUGGUCUCCUUCAUCACCUACGAAGAGCUCUCAAGCAGAGAUUGGUCCUUCUAUGGAACCCACGGAGCAAGAUUCGACCUCUCCGCUCCCAACACGCCCACCGGCACUGCCUGCCUUCUCUUCUGCAGCGCCUUCAUGAUCGCAGACCAGCUGUUUAUGCUGAUAUGGUGCCCUGAGGAGACUCUCUUCCUCCUACACCAUGUCGCCACUCUGCUUUACAUGGGCUCCUGCCUCUACCUCCAGGCCGGAGACCUCUCCGUUGCUCUCUGCAUCUUCCUUGGCGAGAUUACCAACCCCAUCAACAACUUCUACGCUAUCACAGACUGCCUGAACAACGAGAAAGUGGGGAAGCUACUGGAGGGUUUGCACUACAUCGCUACCUGGAGCUUGUUUUUAGCAUUGAGUCUCGUUCGUCUGGUCUAUUCUCCCUACGUGAGUUGCUCUUCGGAGCUUCUGGAGUCCUCAUCCUUCCCCCUCAUCCUCACCUGUGGCCACGAGCAGGCAGUGUGCUGGGUACUCUUCAAGGCUUAUAUGCUGGAGGCGCAAGGAUCUCCCAUCCCACUCAUCUUCCGCAUGCUCUGGGUUUCGCUCCCCGUCGCAGUUGUGAUUGCAAGUUACCUCUUUGUGAAAGGACUGUUGGCCGACAUCCAGUCUGGCAAGACGACAACAUUUGCAAAGAGCAAGAAGUCUGGCGCCCUCUCUGCUUCCCGCGUCGCUGCUCGCGAGCCCAAGAGGUUGUCUCUGCGCAUGGGCGAGCCCCUCAAGUCCAUUGAGCUGAAGCAUCCCAGUGGAAGCUCUGCGACCGUCUAUCCCUUCGGCGCCACCGUGACCAGCUACAAGGCUCCUCACGAGGUUCUCUUCGUCAGGCCUGACGCCAAGUUUGACGGCUCGAAGCCCAUCUCCGGAGGAAUCCCCCACUGCUUUCCCCAGUUUGGCCCGGGUAAGAUUCAGCAGCACGGGUUUGCAAGGAACCUUGUGUGGAACGUGAAGGAUGUCAGCGCCGACGAGCCUGACAUGCCUUCGGUCACUCUCGAGCUCACCGAGACCGAGGAGACCAUGGCGAUGUGGCCGAACAAGUUCAAGUGCACCUACGUGGUCGGGUUGGAUGAGGAGAAGCUCAACUGCGAGCUUCGUGUUACCAACACUGACUCGAAGCCCUGGGACUUCCAGGCUGCACUUCACACCUACUUUGCUGUGUCCAACAUCGACAAGUGCGAGGUUCGUGGAGCGUUCAAGGGAUCCGAGCAUUUGAACAGAAUGGACAAGCCGCCUUCCAAGACCAAGGAGAGCCGUGAGGCGAUCCGAUUCGACAAGGAGGUCGACAGCUGCUACGAGGGCGUCUCAGGGCAGGUUGUGCUCUUCGACGAAGUGAAGCCAGAGCAGUCCGUCACCAUCCGCAACCUCGCGGGAUGGGAGGAUACUGUCCUCUGGAACCCCUACGGUAAUGAGGGAAUGGGCUACAAGAACUUUGCUUGCGUUGAGAGCGUGAAGGCGGCAAAGCCCGCGGUGUUGGCUGCGGGCGAAACCUGGAUCUCCCGAGUCUCCAUCAUCCCUGGAGCCGCCAAGUGA